AUGGCGUCAAAGUCAGCCAGUGCGAGUGGUUUCGCUCCGGUCCUAUCCGCCUUGACGACUAUGCAGAGCAAUGUUUCAGGAAAAGAAAAGACAGAGGCACAUGAGUUCCUCGAAAAGUUCCAGAAAUCGUCGGAAGCCUGGAAUACCACGCAUGCAAUCCUCCAGGAUUCGUCGAUACCUGUAGAGGCCAGACUUUUUGCUGCGACAACCCUGAAGGGCAAGAUCAUUUACGAUCUUCAUCAGCUACCCGCAGAGGCACUUAUUCCACUUCGAGACUCGCUCUUGUCCCUCCUCCAACACUAUCUCGCUGGACCGAGACCGAUUCGGACGCAGCUGUGCAUAUGUCUUGCGAGUUUAGCAAUCCAGCUGACUACGUGGAAAGACGUUUUGAGUACGGUGGGGUCGGCGGUGGGCAAUAGUAGUGAUGGCGGAGAUUGUCUACUCGACUUCUUGCGAAUCCUACCUGAAGAGGUCACAGAAGGCCGCAAAAUCAACCUUUCAGAAGAGGAACUCGCCGAGAGAACAAAGGAACUCCUUGAGGACAACUCCGCCCAGGUCUUGAAUCUCUUGGUUUCCUACGCCCAGUCAUCAAGUCAGGCGGCGCACAAUCCGCGACUGUAUUCUUGUAUCGCCUCCUGGCUGCGGGAAAUCCCUACGAUCGAUGUGGUAAACUCCCCGUUACUAAAUGAGAUAAUUGACGCCAUAAACGACAAUGACUCCUUUGACGCAGCAGUUGAUUGUCUGUGCACGAUGUUCAGAGAUACAAGGGACGUCGAUGAGUCACUGAGUGUUAUAAAGAUUCUCUAUCCGCGAGUAAUCCAGCUACGGCCAAUGAUACAGCAAAGUGCUGCUACCGAAGAUAACGAUCUGAUGAAGGGAGUCACACGAAUCUUUGCAGAGGCUGGAGAAGCGUGGGUUGUCCUCAUCGCACGCAUGCCAACAGAGUUCCGGGACCUCGUCGAGUGCGUCCUAGAGUGCUGCAUGCGCGACAAAGAUCGCGAAGCCAUCUCCGUCACAUUCGUGUUUUGGUACGAAUUGAAACAAUGCUUGACUCUCGAGAAGUACAUCUCUGCUAGAGCUUCUCUUGCAGACCUGUAUUCCAAGCUGGUGGAUGUCAUGAUCAAGCACCUCGAAUUCCCGACUCCAGAAGGCGGUGACGAGAAAGACCUUUUCGACGGAGACCGAGAGCAAGAAGAUAAAUUCCGGGGUUUCAGACAUAGCAUGGGCGACGUCCUAAAAGAUUGUUGCGAGGUGAUCGGCGUUACGCAGUGUCUUGGCAAGGCAUUCGCCUUGAUACAGGCAUGGGGUCAACAAUAUGGCUCCCAGGUUUCGGGAACCAAUGUCCCUCAUUGGCAAGAGCUAGAAGCACCUCUUUUCAGUCUUCGAGCCAUGGGCCGUAUGGUCAGUCCCGAAGAAGAGACUGUCCUUCCUAACGUCAUUCCACUCCUGACGACUGUGCCCGACCAUGAGAAAUUGAAGUUCCAGGCCAUCAUGGCCCUGGCUCGCUAUACAGAAUGGACAUCACAGCAUCCAGAAACGCUUGAGGCACAGUUGAACUAUGUUAUAUCUGGAUUCAACCACACUUCAAUCGAAGUUGUGCAAGCUGCAGCUCUUGCUUUCAGAUUUCUCGGUACAGAUUGCCAGAAAUUGCUCGGUGACCAUAUCCCACAGCUGCACCACUUUUAUGAAAGUGUCAUCGACAAGCUCAAACCAUCAAGUCAAGAAGAGGUCACCGAAGGAGUCGCGGCAGUGGUGGCUGUUCAACCUGUCAAUAAGGUCUACGAGACUCUGAAGAUGUUCUGUGACCCAGUGAUGAGCAGAGUUGUCUCACUAGCACAACAGGCUCAGGAUGAGAAUGGUGAGAAGACAGUUGCUGACUACCUAGGACUUAUGACGAUUUUCUUCGACUGGGUCCAGCCAUAUGUCUCGCCCAAUGAGCCCAACCCGGCAGUCAAAUAUUGUCAAGAAAUUUUGCCAGCUUUGUCAGGCAUUGCUAAGCACUUCACACGAUCAAUACCGAUUUUGGAACGGGUAUGUAAAUGUUGGCGGGUAAUGGUGAUAUCUUACCGGACUGCGACGGCUCCUCUUCUCCCUGCACUUGCUAGCAGCAUUGCUGAAGGAUUUGAGGCAUCCCGACAAGGGUGCUUCUUAUGGGCUACUGAUGCGGUUAUUCGAGAAUUUUCUUACGGCGCCGAGUUUGUCGACGAGGCAACCAGUGACAAUGUUUUCAGAUUUUUCGCACAACAAGCAACGGUCUUCUUCAAAAUCCUGACCGAGUUACAACCCGUGGAAUUGCCCGAUGUCAUCGAGGACUUCUUCCGUCUUGCAUCGGACGCCGUCAGAUUCUAUCCAAACAAGACUAUCACCUCAAAUUUGUCACUUCCCAUGGUUCAGGCCUCUCUUACGGCUCUGACAUUGCAGUCGAUGCAGCCUAUCCAAGCGGCACUACAUUUCCUAAGGGAUUUCCUGGAUUUUGGAUUCGACAAACCGCCUAUCUCAAAUUUCAACGGCCCUGAUGGCGAACCGACAGCUGGUACGCCUCCGGAGGUGCGGGCAGCGGUGAAAGAGGUGCUCAACGCUACUGGUCAGCAGCUAGUCCAUCGAGUUUUGACAGGCAUGAUGUUCAGCUUUCCCGAGGAUUGCUUCCCCGAUGCUUCGGGUGUAUUACUAUCUUUAUUUAACCUGGCACCAGAAAGUGCAGCUCAAUGGGUCCAGGGAACAUUGCAGCUCCUACCGGCGGGAACGCUGAAGCCCGCCGAAGCCAAUAAGCUCAUGAAGGGCAUCAGUGACAAGCUCCUGCAGAACGAGCCGAGGAAAGUUCGCAUACUAUUGCAGGACUUCACCAAUUCAUACCGUCGGAGGAACGUGGCCCCACGAGAAGGGCUUGGAAGGCUGGAGGCGACAAGAUUUAGAUUUAGCGGCUGA